UCACAAUGAUUCGACGGAAUUUUCGUACACCACUUCCCGGCAAUACAGGAGCAGCGAUUGUCCAGUUUCAAACGUGGGCUGACACGGGACGGAAGCUCGAGCUGCAUCGGUGCAGAGUACUUGGUCGUCGCUGAGAAGGUUGAAAUUCAGGGCUCGUCAGGAUGUUGGUGCUACGAUACUUGGCUUCCUUUUACAACUAUGUAAACUACGAAGUUAGUGAUCCACGCGUCAACCAAUGGCUUCUGAUGGAAACGCCAUGGCCGGGGUUUGCAAUUUUGGGGUUGUACCUGAUGUUUGUGCUGAAGUGGGGUCCCAAAUGGAUGGAAAACCGGAAACCCAUAAAAAUUGACAACUUCAUCAAGGUGUACAACUUGGCGCAGGUGUUUGUGUGUUUUUUUCUGUUUAUCGAGGGAUGGCGGUUGGGAUACCUGCGAGGCUACAGUUUUCUCUGUCAACCGGUGGACUAUUCGGAUGAUGAGGUGCCCCUCAAGAUAGCUCGUCGUUGUCACAUCUACUUCCUGGUAAAAGUGUUGGACCUGAUGGAUACGGUGUUCUUCGUGUUGCGGAAAAAGCAGAACCAAGUCAGUUUUCUACAUGUUUACCACCACACCGGUAUGGUUAUGCUGACUUGGAGUGGCGUCAAAUGGUUCGCAGGUGGUCAUGGAGUGUUCAUGGGCUUCCUCAACAGUUUUAUCCACGUUGUCAUGUACUUUUACUACUUCCUCACAUCGGUUAGCGACAAGUACAAAGGAAACGUUUGGUGGAAGAAGCACAUCACUCAGCUGCAAAUUAUUCAAUUCGGGCUAAUCUUCCUGCAGUGGUUCGUUCUGGUGUUCCAACCCAACUGUGCGUUCCCCAAGUGGCCACUGUUUGUGCUGUUGCCCCAGAACUUGUUCAUGUUCAUGCUUUUCCUCGACUUUUACUACCAUGCUUACAUCAAGAAGCCAAAGCCAGCCCAGCCAAAACCGGUGACCCCAAGUGUCGAGGAGAGCGUCCCAGUUCUCAAGUCAAAGAUCAACAUCCACACCGAUUGAUCGCUUCAUUCUUGGACGGCGGAACCUUCUGUACACUUCCUGUCCAUCUGCCCGUAGUUGCUAAGGCUGAUUAACAUUACUUCGUUUAGACUAAUUUAUUGUAAAGUUCUGCUUUCUUCAGCCCACAGUCAAUGACCAUAUCAAGUAGAAAGCCACAUUGCUGCUUCGCGUUCAAUUCGUCAGUGACCUUUAGUGUAAUAAAUAAUUAUAACAGUUUCCACAUUGA